UCCCGCGUCCCAGCAGCAUGUUGCGUGCCGCGUCCCUCGCCGCUGCGGGCCUCGGGCCCCGCCUGGGCCGCCGCCUGCUGUCCGCCGCCGCCGCCCAGGCCGUGCCGGCCCCCAACCAGCAGCCCGAGGUCUUCUGCAACCAGAUCUUCAUCAACAAUGAGUGGCAUGAUGCCGUCAGCAAGAAGACAUUCCCCACCGUCAACCCGUCCACGGGGGAAGUUAUCUGUCAGGUCGCCGAGGGGGACAAGGCAGAUGUGGACAAGGCAGUGAAGGCUGCCCGGGCUGCCUUCCAGCUGGGCUCACCCUGGCGCCGCAUGGAUGCCUCUGCCAGGGGCCGCCUACUCUACCGCCUGGCUGAUCUGAUCGAGAGGGACCGGACCUACCUGGCCGCCUUGGAGACACUUGACAAUGGCAAACCUUAUGUCAUUUCUUACCUGGUGGAUCUGGACAUGGUCCUCAAAUGCCUCCGGUAUUAUGCUGGCUGGGCCGAUAAGUACCAUGGGAAAACCAUCCCCAUUGAUGGUGACUUCUUUAGCUACACUCGCCAUGAGCCUGUUGGCGUGUGUGGACAGAUCAUCCCGUGGAAUUUCCCGCUCCUGAUGCAAGCUUGGAAACUGGGCCCUGCUCUGGCGACCGGAAAUGUGGUGGUAAUGAAAGUGGCUGAGCAGACCCCACUCACUGCCCUCUAUGUGGCCAACUUGAUCAAGGAGGCUGGGUUCCCGCCAGGUGUUGUAAACAUCAUCCCCGGAUUUGGCCCCACGGCUGGAGCUGCUAUAGCCUCCCACAAGGACGUGGACAAAGUGGCUUUCACAGGCUCCACUGAGGUUGGCAGCCUCAUCCAGGUUGCUGCAGGGAGCAGCAACCUCAAGAGAGUCACCCUAGAACUGGGGGGAAAGAGCCCCAACAUCAUUAUGUCAGAUGCUGAUAUGGACUGGGCCGUGGAGCAGGCGCACUUCGCGCUGUUCUUCAACCAGGGCCAGUGCUGCUGUGCAGGCUCCAGGACCUUCGUGCAGGAAGACGUCUAUAAUGAGUUCGUGGAGCGGAGCGUGGCCCGGGCCAAGUCCCGUGUGGUGGGAAACCCCUUUGACAGCAGAACCGAGCAGGGCCCGCAGGUGGACGAGACACAGUUUAAGAAGGUCCUGGGGUACAUCAAGUCCGGGAAGGAAGAAGGGGCGAAGCUGCUGUGUGGGGGAGGAGCCGCUGCUGACCGGGGCUACUUCAUCCAGCCCACAGUGUUUGGAGACGUACAGGACGGCAUGACCAUUGCAAAGGAGGAGAUCUUUGGGCCAGUGAUGCAGAUUCUGAAGUUCAAGACCAUUGAGGAAGUGGUGGGGAGAGCCAAUGAUUCCACGUACGGGCUGGCUGCAGCUGUCUUCACCAAGGACUUGGAUAAGGCCAAUUAUCUGUCCCAGGCCCUCCAGGCCGGCACUGUGUGGGUCAACUGCUAUGAUGUAUUUGGAGCUCAGUCUCCCUUUGGGGGCUAUAAGAUGUCUGGUAACGGCCGGGAGCUGGGCGAGUACGGGCUUCAGGCAUACACGGAAGUGAAGACUGUCACAGUCAAGGUUCCUCAGAAGAACUCGUAAAGAAUGAUGCAGGCUCCCAAACUCAGCCGUUGAGAGUUCUAGGGGAUCAGCAGCCAAACCAGGAAAAUUUGCCCUUACACACAGAGUCUUAAGAAAAAAAUCUUCCACAAAUACCCUUGGAUCAAGGAUGUCCCAUAAUCUGAAUGAAGAAAUAGGCAGGUUUUGUUGUGUGGGUGGGGGCAGGGAAAAACCUUGUGGACCUUGUGACAAUAAAACUAGUAGCUCUGAGGGUUCAAGUAUGGGUGAUAUGAUAGGAAAUGUCUCUGGAGACUGGAGGAAAGGCCAUUGUUAGCCACUGCACUUACCCUGAGACGCCAAGCUUGCUAGCUCCUUGCUUUUGUAUUGUGUCCUGAAAUGCAAUAAAAACACUGCUGUUUGUCCCACCA